AUGUACCGACACAUUCAAGUAAGAUAUCGAUUUAGUAAUGUUUUGAUUCGUUUUUGUUAAUAUCUGUAUUCAACGGCAUCGGUCUGACUGUUUUUAUGCAUGCUAGAAUACGAGGGUAGCAUCACUAGCCUUUAGCGGUCAUGGGAUGACCGGUAGUGGCUACUAGCUAGCAAUUUUACCGGUACUGUUAGCAAGCUUACUAUCUACUAAAAGUGUUAUACUUUACCUGUGUUUAUGGCAAAUGAACUUGGUUAAAUACCCAGAUAGACAGCGACCUAUUCCAAUCCAGCGCUGAUCUUAAAAUAUCUCAAACUGUACAGUGUCAAUGAGCUUGAAAUUGAUGCCUCUUUUUCGUUAUAUGACAGGCGCUUCAGCAUGUGUCGCGGCGGACGCUGAGCAGCAGCGCCCGCAGGCAGGUGGAAAACAAGGUCCCACAGAAGCAGAAGCAUUACCAGGUAAUUGACAGGGUUUAUAUGGCUGACGGCUCCAAUAGGCAAUGUCCUUAACAUGACGUUAAAACCUACUCUUCGAAUUUUAGUUUAAUGUCAAGGAAAAUGUAACUUGAAUUCAAUGUUGACAAUGUGAUAUUUAAGUUUUGAUGACUGGUGACAUGUCCACCUGCCCACUUGUAGUUCCGCUCAUAUGAAGCCUGAGUUACAUAUAGUUGACUGAUACGUAUAUCUGAUUGACAGAAGCUCACUGGGUUGGAGUUACUGCUUUGCAUGCUGUGUGUAAACUGAGAACAGUCAAUAAAUAUGUCCCAAAUGGCAACCAAUUCUCUUUACAUCUAUAGUGCACUACUUUUGACCAGAGCCCUAUGGGCCCUCGUCAAAAGUAGAGUACUAAAUAGGGAAAAGGGUGCCAUUUGGGACAGCGUCAAUGUUGUGAGAUAGAUGAGAAAGCCAUGUCUGAUUCAAUUUACCAUUGGUAACUGAUCAGGGGAGAGUGAUGCCUCUGCUUCAUCAUUGGCUGCUUUUCAAUAAGUGAUUGUGCAAACUGUUGUUUUAAAUCCUUUCUAAAACACGGUGCAGAUCUUGCUGUAAAUAAUACAUUGUGAUUGCUGGAAUGUACGUGUUGCAUUCUGUGGUUAGAAUGGUCAAUUUGAGGGCAUUAAUAACCACUCAACCAACCAGAACAGAGUUCUCUGGAGAUGCACCGUUGGGGCCCUUUGCUCCACUAGGAGAUGAAAAGAUAAAUUCAAGUAAGUCGAUUUCCACUCAAGUGGUGCUUUUCCCUUGAGACUUACCCCCACACCAGUGGGCCGCCAGUGUUUUAUGUUAAUGUAUUCUCUGGUGUUAAUGUGUUUCUAUCAGGAAUGUGACACUAAAGAAUUGUGAUGAGCAGAAUCAACAACCUAUGCUUUGUGAGAAGGUGUUAAAGUUCACGGUUAGGCAUUGUUAUUGUUAUGAUGCUUAUACUGUAUGUUGCUGUGCAUUGCAUGAGUUUGAUACAGUAUAUUUUUCUUCACCAGGAGGACAAUGGGAUUCCAAUUCAUUUGAAAGGUGGUGUCAGUGAUGCUAUCCUGUACAGAACAACAAUGGCACUCACUAUUCUGGGUGAGUACAGAUGGACUCAAUGGCAACCAAUCCAUGUUGACACAAGUUCUUGGUUUAGUCUGGUUGUACAUUACCACAUUGUUGCUCAAUACCUUUUUGUAAUAACACUAUUUAUUUAAUUAGUAAUAACAUAUUACAUUUCAUUGCAGGAUCUGCAUAUGUCAUAUAUGAACUGGUUUGUGCAGCUUUCCCUAAGAAGAAGGAGUGA